GCUGUAAAUUGGCCUGAAAAUUUUAUUACAAUGUACGGAUAUAUGUUACAAAAUAGAACCAUAUGUUACAUUCGACAAAAAGUUCAAGGUUCAGGUUUUCUUCUUUCCGGGGCGAUUAAGCCUUAAAAAGAUUUAAAAUUUAUAGGCUCAUCCAACGGUCUAAACACCACCCACGUCAAAGUCUAGAACUACCAGAUCUCCCCUUCUCCUUAUCCUGCGCACACUUCACACACAGACUCACUCACUCUCUCCUCUAUCUCGUCGUGAUGGCCACCGAAUUACCGCCACCGGAAGUCCCAAUUGCCGCCACAGUAACCACUUCCAACACAGCAGUUAUAACACCUGCAGAACCAGAAAACGCCGCCUCAUUACCUGCAGCUCCGAAACGUCAACGGCGGCCAAGCGUCCGCCUCGGCGAGAUCGGCGAUCAGUCGGCAACUCUAUCAUAUGAUGUCCGGCGGUCGUGGCGGCUUCCAAAAGAGUCGUCUAAAUCAGUUAAAGCUCGUUCUUUAACAAAUCUAGUAAACGGAAACGAAAGCUAUGAAAAUCAAGAAAUAGAAGGAAACGGCGAGUUUGGAGGACAGAGAAAGAAGGCGAAGAGAGCGAAAAGAGUAAGGUCGAAUUGGAUAGCAUCAAGAGUCGAUGAAGGAGGAGAUAGUAGAGAAGAUGGAGAUGAAGGAUUUAGGGAUUUUGAUCAAGAUUCGGAACAACAAAGUCCGCUUCAUUCUAAUGAUAAUAUCAUGUGGCAUGGACAUAAACGGACGGGUAUGGGUACGGGCACGGGUCGGGUUAGGGUUUCUGAAAAUGAUGGAAUGGAAAUGGAUUAUUAUCCGGAAAAAUCGGAUUCUAGGGACCGUAAAUGCAGUACGAGUGAAGGAGUGAGGACGUGGCUGAUUGAAUUAGGGUUAAGUAGGUACGCACCGGUUUUUGAAGUGCAUGAAGUGGAUGAUCAAGUUUUGCCCUUAUUAACUUUGGAAGAUCUCAAAGAUAUGGGAAUUAACGCUGUUGGUUCUAGAAGGAAACUCUAUUCUGCUAUCCAGAAGCUUCGUAAGGGCUAUUCUUGACUACUUUUUCUUUGGACAUAUAUUAUGAUUCACUCUGUAACUUUCUUACUUAUAAAGGUCAUGCGUUCUAACUAAUAAUGCCGACAUAUAGUUUUGUUAUGAGAGCUUUAACACCUUUUGUAUUUUAAUCUGUCUUUUGACAUAUUAUUUAAUUGGUUUGCUAUUUGCCUA